UACCUAAGCGGAUCAAUUUUCAGUUCGGUCGUUUUCACCUCCGUGUCGUAUAUACAAUGGUAGUCGUCGCACUGUCGCGCCGUCGCAAGUCCCUCCGAAUCAGAAGUGAUGGGAAACUGGGAAGCCGUCGACUAAAAACGUCGGUUGUUUGUUAUUUCGCCACCGCGUCGUGUAUGCAGUGGUCGCGCCGUCGCGAGUCCCUCCGAAUCAGACGUAGAAAGACCGUCGACUGAGAACGGUUAUAUUUUAUAUAGGUAUACACCUGCCUACCUACACGUCACACACUCACACGUAGCUGCAAACAUGCAAAAUGCUGACUCCACUGAAGUUAUCGACUUGGCCAAUCACAUUGACACGUCCAUAACCGUGGAUCAAAGACAUCGCAUAAUCGGAGCCGAAGAUAGCGCACCAACCGAUCCAGGUGUAUGCGGUAAAUUUAUGACGGCAUGUGCUUGGGUACUUGUUGUCAUCACGUUCCCGUUUUCUCUGUUCGUCUGUUUCAAAGUAGUUCAGGAGUACGAACGAGCCGUAAUAUUUCGCCUGGGACGCCUGGUAUCGGGUGGGGCGAAAGGGCCGGGUAUAUUCUUCAUUUUACCAUGUAUUGACAACUAUGCGCGUGUUGACUUAAGAACACGCACGUACGAUGUACCGCCACAAGAGGUAUUGACCAAAGAUAGCGUGACGGUGUCCGUGGACGCCGUGGUCUAUUAUCGUGUAUGUAACGCUACGAUAUCGGUAGCUAACGUUGCCAACGCUCACCAAUCUACUCGCUUAUUAGCUCAAACCACAUUGAGAAACGUCUUAGGUACGAGGCCGUUGCACGAAAUUCUCAGCGACCGAGACGCAAUAUCUAAAACCAUGCAAGUGUCGUUGGACGAAGCCACCGAGUCGUGGGGCAUCAAAGUCGAACGAGUGGAAAUUAAAGACGUGAGAUUGCCAGUUCAGUUGCAGAGGGCAAUGGCGGCGGAAGCUGAAGCGGCCCGAGAAGCUCGUGCUAAGGUCAUCGCGGCUGAAGGUGAACAAAAAGCAUCGAGAGCUCUUCGCGAAGCUUCAGAAGUUAUAAGUGAAUCUCCGGCUGCUCUACAACUCAGAUACCUACAAACAUUGAAUACAAUAUCAGCGGAGAAGAAUUCUACAAUCGUAUUCCCACUACCAAUCGAUAUAAUUUCAUUUUUUACGAGACCACGAGAACCACGAGAACCACGAGAACCUUCAAAACUAGCUCAACAAAAUCAUAGCAGUUAAAUGUAUAGGCAUUUUUUACACAUACGUUAAAAAUGAACCAAUGAUGUUAUUCAUACUUAUCAUGUUUUUUAAACAUAUAUUAUGUGUACUUAAAUAUUUUAGAUACAUAUGUAUUAUAUAUUAUGUAUUAGCUAAUAUUACAGUUAUUGACACAACAUUUUUAUUACGACAUAUAAGUUAUAUAACCAAGAAUUCAUAAAAAUGAAAUGGUUAUAACCUGGAAUUGAUAUACUUUUAAGUUAUAUGUAUAAAAAAUGUUUGAAAAUAAAUUAAUAUACUAUUAUCUAUUUAUUUUUUUUUUAUAUAUUUAUAAGUUGAUAUGUUUAGGUACCUGAACUAAACAAUGUUGUACUUAAUUAUUAUUAUUAAGACUAUUUAAAAUAAUUGAAAGGGUGGGCAAAUGUUGCCUUUAUAAACUAUAGUAGUUAUUGUUUUAUUAUAAAAAUAUUUGUUAACUUAUUACUUACAAUUCACCAAUCACCAUCAUAGUCCAUAAUAAAUAUAAUAUAGAUUAUAGUUGGUUAUUAGUAUAGGAAUAUUUUAUAACAUUGUAAUCAUUAUUAUGUUGAAUAUUUAUGUAUGCAAUAUGCAAAUAUACUGAAAUUACAUAACCCCGCA